AUGGGUCAAGUACAGACCACAGCCACAGCCGAAACCGGAGCAGAAACCUGGCAGACCGAGUUCGAAGGCCACGCGAUCACCGUGCACACAAACACCGUCCUCACAAAGGGUCACAGCACGGGGAACGGCAACCCGACGAUUCACGUCACCGGGGACGGGACCGUGCACAUCAACGUGAACGUGAACGGGGUCGUAAUCCCAGGCCCCAAGGUCCUCCGCUUUGAGCUGCCUCCCGCUCUCGCCGACCCGUUGAGGUUCCGGCGCGCUUCCUGCAGCACGAGUGGCGCACGCAGCGGCAGAACCACCCCCACACCUAUCAGCCGGAGAUGCUCUUCGCGGGCAUCGCGACGUGCCCCCAGCGCCAACGCGCUUCUUCUUUACGAGGCCUCGCCGGCCCACCACGGCCCCCCGCUGCUCUGGACGUCCCCGACCGGCCAGACCGAGUUCCCGGCCCCUUCGGCGGCGGAUGGGUUCUCCUUCGUGCGGGACAUCUUGACGUUCAGAAUGGAUCUCCUCUCCAAGCAGGGGGGGCCGGAGGCGGAUGCGGCGGCCAAGUGGGACGACGGUCUCGGCCAGGACCUCUUCGACUUAGUGGAGAGGCUGACAGAUCGGUUUCUGGGUUGA